AGGUCGCUGCAGAGAUAAAUUUCAGAGAUGGCGAUCAACACACUUCCGUUUUCUUUCCGAGUCGACAGCCAUCAUGCCGCCUAAAAAGGAUACAAAGGGGUCUUCUAAACAACCACAGAAGACACAGAAGAAGAAGGAAGGAGGAUCUGGUGGCAAAGCUAAAAAGAAGAAGUGGUCCAAAGGAAAAGUACGCGAUAAGUUAAACAAUCAAGUCUUAUUUGACAAGGGCACAUAUGACAAAUUGCUGAAGGAAGUACCACAGUAUAAACUGAUCACACCAUCGAUCGUUAGCGAAAGGUUAAAAAUUCGCGGAUCGCUCGCUAGGAGGGCGUUGAUCGAAUUGCAACAGAAAGGACUUAUCAAACAGGUCGUGCAGCACCAUGCACAACUGAUUUACACACGAACUACUAAGGGUGAUGAUCCAGCUGCGUAAUUUGUCUUUACGCAAUGUAUAAAUUCGUUUAAUAAAAAAUACCGGUAAAUCCAUCUCUUAA